GGCGCUUUUUUUUUUUUUUUUCCUCCAACCCCUUUUGGAAUCCCACUAUUUGGAGGCAGUAUGCCGGGGAAGGCCAAGGGCAAGAAAGGGGGGCGCCCUGUUAAGCAGCCCAAGAGGCCUGCUCCCCCGCAGUCCUCCUCGGAGGAGGAGGAUGAGGAGAUGACUCUGAUACGGGGGUUAAUUAAUAGGAUGGAAGCUUUAGAGAAAGCAAAAGCAGCCCCCUCCGACAAAGGUGCGGGUCCUUCAGGUGUGGGGGGGGUGCCUCCUCCUAAGGUCCCUCGGAGGACCAGGGGUUCUGUGAAAAGCCAGCUGCUAACUUCUCUCUCUAGUAGGCUGGCUGCGCUGGAAGAAGGGCUGAACCCUGCUGGACCGGGCCCUUCUGCUCCUGCGUUACCGCUUCCUGAACCUGAGUCUCCAGUUCCGGAGUCGCCUUCACCAUUGCUACCUCCGCCUGCGGCACCAGUUGUUCAGCCUCCAGUGGAUACGGCUACUCCUUUGGCCCAGGGUGCUGGCGGGGCGGCGGUCCCGGUCCGAGUCCUGAUGUGUGGCCAUUCGUUGGUCUUCUGGGCUUUCAAGCGGGCCAGCACCACCCGCUGGGGAUCCCAGUUGGGUUUAGGAAGCAAGGCUUCAGUUUAUUGGUUGGGCAUGAGGGGCAUGCUCUGGAAUCAGUUGCUUCCAGCAUUGAGGGAGCAUUUAGAUAGGUUUCCCAUUCCCGACAUCCUGGUUCUUCAUUUAGGGGAGAAUGAUUUGGGCCGGCGGCCUGGCCUCGCCAUCCUUCAGCAAGCCUCCUCGGAUUUGUCUAUUUUGCGCAGCUGGAUGCCUGGCGUGCGCAUAAUAUGGGUUAAUUGGCUCCAGCGCAGGGUGUGGCGGGGUGCUCAUUCUUGCCUUAGCUUGGAAAAGGCACGCAGGAAGAUUUCAGCCGCAAUAGGUAAAGUGGUUUUGGCGGCCGGGGGGUCUGUGGUGCGGCAGCCAGAUAUAGCUGCUCGCUUUCCCGAGUUAUUCCGCCCUGACGGGGUCCACCUGUCUGAGAAAGGUUGUGAUUUGUAUCUGCAUAAUAUCCGGGAAGUGCUUGCUGAAGGUUUGGAGGGGGUGGGGCAGGAAGGUCAAGCGAGGGCUAACCUUCCUGGGUGGCGGUAACAGUGCGGGCUGUGGGUAAGGAGGUCUAGAUUUCGGUGAGCACCCUUGGACAUUUUAAGGUGGAUUGGUCAAUUGCUUCCUUGUGGCCUGUGCGGCACGGGAAGAAUUACAUUGCCAAGAAACCUGCUUCAGGACUUCACCUACCUUUGGGCUGUGCGGUCCGGGGAGGUAAAGAUCUGAAGCUGUCCAGAUCCCCUCUUCUAAAAGGGGUGGUUGGCUUUGAAGGAAUUGGGCGGGAGCUACCUGCCUCUUUCCUGAGCCAGGGUGUGUCGCCCUUGCAGGCGAUGGGUAGGACGUUUUGAAUCCUAGCCCACGCCUAGGUGCCCGCACUGUUUUUAUGUUGGUGAUUAAUCACCUUGUUUCCAGUCCGCCACAAAUGUUGUUAUAUUAAUAAAGCGUGGCCCGUUUCUCCCAUUAAAAAAUGUCUCUGUGUCUUCUUGGGCUGGGG